AGAUGGCGACGUCGACCAGGAAGUAGGUAAACAACCGUACAGGGGUAGAAAAAUAUGGAUUAACCCCUCCAAUUUGCCUAUUCCGAUCAAGAAAAACCCAGAUUGAGUGGUCGUUAGUGCUCGUGGAAGGGUUUCGCGGACAGGGGGGUUUAAUUAACGCGCGAGAUGGCUGGAAAAUGACAGGAGUUUGACGUAUGACCAUGUUUCUGUUCGGAGCCUGAUGCCCACUCUUGCCACGUCUGUUGUCAUGGACACGGAGGACUAUCUGCACCCUGAGGGCCCUCAGCUCGGGAGCCCGAAGUUCAGCGCUCCCAGUCCUCCUCUCACAAGUUCCAUGGAGAGUCAGCUGUAUCAGUCGAACUCAUGGACGUAUCCACAGCAAACUCAAUACAACCAGCACUAUCCUAUGCAAUCUGGGAGGCAGCUCCAGCCGAACCCGUCCUCGGUGAAUCUGGACCUGUCUGACAUAGACUUUCAUGACCUUGUGCGGAAUGGAGAUUUCUCCCAGGACAUAGAUGAGCUGUCCAACACAUCGCUGUUCUCCUCACCAUCUGAUUCGCUGUCAGAGUAUCCAGACCCUUCAGGAUUUGGCACCGAUAGCCUGGCACAGUUGCCCGCCGAGGUCCCCGCGCCACAGAUGUACUGGGAAAUACCUGGACACAGUCAGAGACCGCAGAACCUGAGCAUGUUUCCUGGAUUCCUGAGCAAUCUGUCUGGAUUUAAGCCUGCUGCUGCUGCUCCUCCUCUGCCGCCACCACUGGAGGAAGAGGAGGAGGCAGAUGAGGAAGAGACGGAGGAGUUGGGGCACGCUGACACGUACGCCGAAUACAAGCCAUCCAAAUCUACUAUAGGAAUCUCUCAUCCUGACAUCGUGGUGGAGACCAACACACUGUCCAGUGUUCCUCCUCCUGACAUCACCUACACACUGUCCAUUCCAGACAACACCAUUAACUCCGGCCUGCUGUCCGCCCUGCAGCUGGAGGCCAUCAUCUAUGCCUGCCAGCAACACGAGGUGAUUCUUCAGAACGGUCAGCGAGCCGGGUUUCUGAUCGGAGACGGAGCCGGCGUCGGGAAGGGCCGCACUGUAGCCGGAAUCAUACUGGAGAAUUUCUUAAAGGGACGGAAGAAAGCGCUAUGGUUCAGUGUGUCAAAUGACCUGAAGUACGAUGCUGAGAGAGAUCUCAAAGACAUAGAAGCUCCCAACAUCCCUGUGUUUGCUUUAAAUAAGAUUAAAUACGGAGAUACGGCUACCUCAGAGGGCGUUUUAUUCGCCACAUACUCAGCGCUGAUUGGAGAGAGCCAGGCCGGAGGGCAGCACCGCACCAGACUCAAACAGAUCCUGGACUGGUGCAAACCCAGCUUUGAUGGAGUCAUUGUGUUUGACGAGUGCCAUAAGGCUAAAAAUGCGACCUCCACAAAAAUGGGCAAAGCCGUCCUGGACUUGCAGAGCAAACUGCCCCGGGCGAGAGUGGUGUAUGCUAGUGCCACAGGUGCUUCUGAGCCAAAGAAUAUGAUAUACAUGAGCCGACUGGGGAUCUGGGGACAAGGAACGCCGUUUAAGACGUUUGAUGACUUCCUGCAUGCUAUAGAGAAGAGGGGUGUUGGUGCCAUGGAGAUUGUUGCCAUGGACAUGAAAGUGAGUGGCAUGUAUAUCGCACGGCAGCUGAGUUUUUCCGGCGUCUCCUUUCGUAUAGAGGAGAUCACACUGGACGAAGAGUUCAAACUAGUCUACAACAAAGCAGCUAGACUGUGGGCCGAGGCUCUCGAACUGUUCACCAGAGCUGCUGACACGCUGGGUCUGGCCUCCCGUAAGUCUCUGUGGGGUCAGUUCUGGUCGUCACACCAGAGGUUUUUUAAGUACCUCUGCAUCGCCGCUAAAGUCCGUCGUCUGGUUGAACUCGCUCAUACUGAGAUGCGGCAAGACAAGUGCAUCGUGAUUGGUCUGCAGUCCACAGGAGAGGCUCGUACUCGAGAGGUCCUGGAUGAAAACGACGGACACCUGGACAGAUUCGUCUCCGCUGCUGAGGGUGUUUUCCAGUCGUUAGUUCAGAAACACUUCCCAACAGAGAAACCUAAAAGAGAGAAGAGCGCCGCAAGCAAGAGGAAACGAAAAUCCAGAGCCCGGCCUUCAAAAUUUCCAAAGCACUGUGUGGAAGUGGGCGGGGUUAUUAAAAUCAGCGACGACUCAGACUCCGACUCUGACGAGAUUGACAGCGUCUCUAACUCCUCCCCCGAAUCACUACAGGACAACGACGAUGUGAUUUUUGUGAACCACAUCAACGGACCUGCUGCUAAACUAGAAGAACUCAAGCAGAGGCUGCUGGGUAAAAUAGCAGAGCUGGGGAAGGAGCUGCCGCUCAACACUCUCGACGAGCUCAUUGACAGGUUUGGAGGACCAGAGAAGGUCUCUGAGAUGACGGGCCGUAAGGGACGUGUAGUGCGGCGUCCUGAUGGCAGCGUUCGAUAUGAGACCAGAGCGGAACAGGGCCUGACCAUCGACCACGUCAACGUCAGAGAAAAAGAGCGCUUCAUGACCGGAGAGAAGCUCAUCGCCAUCAUCUCUGAAGCGGCUAGUUCGGGCAUCUCUCUACAGGCAGAUAAACGCGUGCAGAACCGCAAGAGAAGAGUUCACAUGACCUUAGAGCUGCCGUGGAGCGCCGACCGUGCCAUCCAGCAGUUCGGUCGAACACAUCGCUCAAAUCAGGUUACGGCUCCAGAGUAUAUCUUCCUCAUCUCUGAACUGGCUGGAGAGAGACGCUUCGCCUCCAUCGUUGCCAAGAGAUUGGAGAGCCUGGGGGCGCUGACACACGGGGACCGACGAGCAACUGAAUCCAGAGACCUGAGCCAGUACAACUUUGAGAACAAAUACGGCACCAAAGCUUUGGAUAAGAUCACUAAAGCCAUCCUCGGGCACAUCGACAACAAAGUCCCUCCACCGAAAGGCUACCCAGGAGGACCCAUCAUGUUCUUCAGAGAUAUGAAGAAAGGCAUGAUUGAUGUGGGGAUCUUCUGUAAGGAGCCACGUCUGGGUCUGAAUACAGAGAAAGACUGCACCAUCACUAAGUUUCUGAACCGUAUUUUGGGUUUGGAGGUAUAUCAGCAGAACUCUUUGUUCCAGUACUUCACCGAUAACUUCGACUACUUGAUCAACAAGGACAAAAAAGAGGGAAAAUAUGACAUGGGAAUAUUGGAUCUUGCUCCUGGUAAUGAUGAGAUUCACGAGGAAACGCAGGAGAAGUUUCUAACUCCAGGAAACCCUCAGGAGGGCCAGGUCAUCCUCUAUAAGAUCAGUGUGGAUCGUGGGAUGCCCUGGGAAGAGGCCUGCAGUAAAGCAGAGAAACUCACUGGGGACUAUGAAGGCUUUUACCUCUCAAACAAGCUGCGUGGCAGUCAGCCGUGCGUCCUGCUCGCUGAACAGGGUCGGGGUCGAAAUCUUAUCUUGUUUAAGCCCAACAUUGGUAAACAGGCUCAUCCUGAGAACCUGGACAACCUGCUUCUGAGAUACUACAAGGUGACACCUGAUGAAGCAAAGGGUUUCUGGGAGAGUCAGUUUGAGUUUUCUUUCACCAACUGCACACAUGCCAACUGGAAGGGUAAGUGUAAGCUGAUCGAGCAGGGCCAGGAGUGUUUUCUGGGGAUGCGUCUCCGGCAGUAUCACAUGCUGUGCGGAGCGCUGCUUAGGGUUUGGAAGCGAGUGUCUGACAUCGUCUCGGACAUCACCAACUCCAGCAUCCUGCAGAUCGUACGCCUCAAAACCAAACAGAACAGCAAGCAAGUCGGUAUAAAAAUCCCCGAGAACUGCGUAUCCCGUGUGUGCGCCGAGCUCUCCCGGAUGGACGAGGAGGUGAAGAAAGCACGUCGGGAGAGAGAGCAGUUCGCCAACGACCAACGUCUGCGCCAAGAGAUGCUGGCCAAGAUGCUCAACGCUCGCAAGUUCAUCGGAAACCCUUCCCACUCCCUUCAGAACCAUCUUCACUACCCACGAUCCCUUCUGCCGCCUGCGGCGAAGCCAAAGAGCGAGGUGGUCAGCGAGGUCUUGGAUCUGACCAAUAGCCCCUGCCCGUCGCCGGACAUCAAAACGCCAGCGGCGGAUCUAAACGGCGUGAGAGGACGCCCGUGCCCGACCCUUCCCGAGACGUACGACCUGGAAAAUUUGAUCUCCCAGGAGCAGCAGAGACAGGUGGCGGUGAACCCGAACAUGCGCAUGUUGUCGACCCACGUCCCGCAGCAGCACGUUCACACACUAAAGCAGAAUCAUUCGUCGUUUGGAGUGUUGAAACAGCAGCAGCAACAGCAGCAGAGCGGCUCACGUGCGCAACCGUCCACGCAGUACAGCAAGCUCAUGUUUCUCACGCAAAUGCGACAGCAACCCGGCGUGUUGCUGCAAUCUGCACGCGUCGCGCUACCCCCGCACGUGACGCACGCUUCCAACGCACACUUUCUCGGGGUGCCGAAGCAACCCGCGCAGCAGGCGCAACCUGCACAGCAGGUGCAACCCCAAGCCACGCAGUCGCAUGUGGCUCGGCCUACUACGGAAAGAACAAACGACGAGUUCGAUUUCGACGAUUUGGACUUCAGCUACCCCUCGCCCGAUUCGCUUCAGUACCCGUUCACCUCACAAGCCCUGCAAUCCUCGACUCCGCCCCCUCCGCCUUACUCCUCCUCCCUCUUCGCAUCAGCGCCCACAAGCUCCUCCCUCUCAGACUCUAGCUCCUCCUCCUCACACUUCACGCCUUCCUCCUCUUCCUCCGAACAGACGCAUCUGUUACCCAACGGCCACGGCAGCAUGGACGCCCUGGAGACGGUGGAUCACAUGAUCCUCGGGACGCCUUUGGAUCACCGGCAAUCCGUCAUCCAGUUUAAAACGGGUUGGGACGCCACCUAGAGGCUCAAACACGCACACGGUCAGAAGAGUUCUUUCCCAAGUCAUUCUCAGUCCAUAAGCUACGAGUUGGGUUCGUUAAGGAAGAAGACGAUUUUAGAAAUACACGGGCACUUGAAAUUGGUUUUUGUUGGCCUUAUUUGAAGCAAUAGGGCUUUUCCACCCUCCAUUUCAUCACAUCAGACAUUGAGGUAAAACAGAUGUUUAUUUAUUAAGAUAUUGGUGUAUACUGUUUCCUGUUUUAGGGAGUUUCGAAAAAAAAGCCUUCUGUUAAAGCAGUGCCUUUAUCUCCUUCAGAUGCAGUCUUGUGUACGUAUAUAUAUAUAUAUAUAUAUAUUUCUAGAGAGAGUAGUGCUAUAUUAUUUAUUUCCUGCGGCGUCGGUCUCCUCUACCCAGAGUUCUGCGCUUAGGGGAGCGUACGGACCCGAUCGCAUGAUUCUGAAACUGCUGUUUGACCCCUCGAACCCUGUGAAUUUCUCAUUUCUUUCUACAUUUCAGUAAUCCGAACACAGGGACAGAUUUGUUCACGAUCUAGUGAUGGCGGCGCUCGCCGAAAUCCUUUCUCUCAGGUAUCGUAUAGACUCGUCACUGUCCAAACAGAUUAUUUUAUAGAACAUAAUAGGUUGCGGAUGGAUCGUCGUGAGCUUUGGGAGUCGAUAACCAAAUUAUUUAUUAGCAGACUUGGUUGUGAACGAGCGCUGAAACCACUGGACCUCUGUGGAGCAAUAGCAAUAAAAACCAAACGCAUGUUAUAAAUCAAAUACUGCCCCACGAACAACUCGCGAUUCUCUUUGUAUCUGUUCAGAAGUGAUAUUUUUGAAUGGUUUUUGAAUAUUUUUGUGUUGGAAGAAUAUUAUAUUUGUUAUGCAGGUUUGUUUGUUUGUAUGAGGUCAAUGUUUUUUUGUUUUUUUUUCUUUUUGGUCUUGUAUUCUCGUGUAGUUGGAAUGGAAGCAAAUGUAUUGGCGUCUUUGCUAUUGCUGUUCGUAUUAUUAUUGUUAUUAUUAAUACUAUUAUUAUUGUUGCUAUUUAUAUCCAAGGGACAUUAUUAGUAGAGGUAGACUUUGUUAUAAUCACGUGUAGAAGAUAAAACACUUUUCCAAUGCCUUGUCAGGGUUUUAUUUUAUUUCUCCCGCUCCCAAAACAGAAUCAAAGCCCGCGGCCUGCCACCAAAACUGAGCUGCACUGCCCCGCGCUGCUGUUUGGCGUUCGCAUGUUACUUUUUUUAUUCCUUCACUCGAAAUUCAUUAUUUGUUUUCUUUUGGGUCGGGCGUCUUGAUUUUUCCCGUCGCACCAAAGUUUUCUGUGCGGUUUUUGCAGGCUCCGUUCGGUCGUGCUCAAUCUCAGGAAAAGUCGAGGGAAAGAACGCGCCGUCGCAGAUGAAGACGCGUGAUACUGACUACUGUAUUUUACAGGCCUGGCUACCGUAUUCUAGACUUGAAGUAUGUGCGAGAAAAUGCGAAUUUUGGAAUCUCGCUCGAGUAUUACUACAAGUUCUCUCCUUUUGAUAUGAUUUUUCGUAUGCAAGCAGUUUCAAAACUGGAUUGGUAAAAUGAACAAAAGCAAUCCGGUUCACAGGAGGCUGUGAUUGGCUCCAGUUACUCAGUUGAAGCAUUUUGUGUGUAAAAGUGUAAAAACCCAGUACAAAGAAAUCACAAGUGAACACUUUAAUAAUAAAAACAAAACAUUUAUUAAAACUGCUACUGAUUGUAUGUAUUGUUGUCAUUGCUGUUGUUAUUAUUAUUGUUAUAUUAUUAAUGUUUCCAGUUAGAAUUCUGUUCAGCACUUUUACUUUGGGCUUCUUUGUUUUAUCCCAAUAUUUAUGAGUUUAGACAGAACUGUAAAUAGUGUAAACAAAUGUGCCUUUUGACUCAUUCUGAACGUUUUCUACAUUUAACAGAAGGAAUAUAUUGUACUGCAAUAUAAUUUUUAACAAACAAUAAAAUUUUAAAAGUUUG